AUGUCCGCGCCGGAGUCCCCUCGAUCACCCAGAGCGUCGUCGCUCGUCCUGGUGCUGACCGCUGCCCUUGAUAGAAUAGUCAAGAACGCAUCAUGGCGCAAGCAUGGUAAGCUCGUCCAGGAUUGUAAGGCCGUCCUCGACAAUCUCGUGGCGUUUAUCCCCAGUGCCGGUGCCGAGAGCCCUCUUUUUGAUGGUGCCGUGCGAAUCAGCGCUACGGAUGCUGAGCUGCUAGUGCAACCACUCCUCGCGGCCUGCGAUCUCCAGUCGGCCAAGGUUAUUGAGCCCGCAUUGGAUUGUUUUCAAAAGCUCAUUGUGCACGGUCAUCUGGUUGGGGAGAUCGGUACAGGCAACGAUUCACAGUCGGAAUCCAGCCUCAUUCUUAGGAUCCUCGACGCGGUUUGCAAGUGUCAUGAUCUAGGGGAAGAAAUAAUUGAAUUGGCCAUUCUAAAGACGCUGCUCACAGCGGUCGUGUCCACCUCACUUAGCAUCCACGGGGAUCACUUGCUGCGGGCUAUCAGCACUUGCUACAACAUCUUCCUGGGGAGCAAGGUGGUGGCUAACCAGACGUCCGCAAAGGCGACUCUCACCCAAAUCCUCAUGGUCAUUUUUAGAAGAAUGGAGGCCGACUCAGCUUCGGUUCCCUUGCAACCUGUCAUAUUGACUGAUUUGCUCGAAGCCGAGAGGACCACUUCCGACACCUUCGUCCAAAAUUUCCUUACAAAGGUGGCCUUGGAUUUUGACGUGGUCCUUCACGUUGGUCCCAAGCUUGUUCAGCACGACGAUGCUUUCUCUGCUGCCACAGGAGCUGAAAGCAGUAACACCAUGGACAUGCUUGAGUCAAGUGACAAGGACGCCGUAGAUGCCAAACCAUGGGAGCAAGUCGACAAAGAUAUGAAGGACAUGGAACUGGACGUGGAGAUUGGCAACAAGUUUAAGAGGGACGCCUUCUUGGUCUUCAGAGCUCUUUGCCGCCUGUCGAUGAAAAAGCCUCAACAAGAAGGGACACCAGACCCCUUAGCUAUACGCUCAAAAGUGCUGGCUUUGGAGCUCUUGAAACUUGUCCUUGAAAAUGCUGGCACAUCUUUUUGUUUCAAUCCGAAGUUUUUAGAUGCAAUCAAGCAGUACCUGUGCUUGUCGCUCAUGCAAAACUGUGCCGUAUCUGACAUAUUAUCUGUUUUUCAGAUGUCUUGCUCUAUUUUCUUGAGCCUUAUAGCAAAGUUCAGGGCCUCUUUGAAAACGGAAAUCGGUGUGUUUUUUCCAAUGAUCGUUUUGAGAGUCAUUGAAAAUGUUAUUCAGCCAAAUUACCAACAGAAGAUGACUGUCUUAUGUUUCAUUGAAAAACUAUCAGCAGAUCCACAGGUACUUCCUGAUAUGUUCGUGAACUACGACUGUGAUGUGGAGUCCACGAAUCUCUUUGAAAGGGUUGUGAAUGGCUUACUCAAAAGUGCUCAAGGAGCACCAGCCAGUGCAGAUACAGGAUUAACAGCUGCUCAAGAUGCAACAUUGAAGCUUACUGCCAUGAAGUGUUUGACAGGAAUAUUAAAGGCGAUGGGAGAUUGGAUGGAGAAGCAACUUGGUGCCUCGAACUCUCCGUACUUCAACAGCUCAGAUGUGGAAACCGGCAAACUGGACGCUGCAAGCGUGUCCACAGCAGGAGCUAGUGCUACAGAAGUCGGGGAUGAGAUCGCUGAACCAUUAGAAACAGAUCAAGCAUCAACUGAAAGUGCAGUUACUUUUGAGCAAAGACGUGUUCACAAGCUUGAGCUUCAGGAAGGAAUCAAAGUAUUCAACCAGAAGCCUCACAAGGGUAUUGAUUUCCUUGUAAAAGCCAAGAAAGUGGAGAAAAUUCCUGAAGAGGUUGCCAAGUUCCUCCUGAGUACCACAGGUCUCAACAAGGGCAUGAUCGGGGAUUACCUGGGUGAAAAAGAGGAGUUUUCGUUAAAAGUCAUGCAUGCGUAUGUUGACUCCUUCAACUUUCAUAAUAUGGAGUUUGACGAGUCGAUACGAACAUUCUUGAUGGGAUUCAGACUCCCUGGAGAGGCUCAGAAGAUUGACAGGAUAAUGGAAAAAUUUGCGGAGCGAUAUUGCAUCUGUAAUCCCAAAGCUUUCACGAGUGCCGACACUGCUUAUGUCCUCGCAUAUUCUGUAAUUAUGCUUAACACUGAUGCGCACAACGUGAUGGUGAAAGAUAAGAUGUCUAAAGCUGCAUUUAUAAAAAAUAACAGAGGAAUUGACGAUGGAAAGGAUCUUCUUGAAGAGUUUAUGGGAGGACUGUAUGACCGUAUAGUAAAAAAAGAAAUUAAAAUGAAAGCGGAUAAUGUUAUUCCGGUCACCAAACCAGCUGGGAAGGACAAUAAAUUUCCUGCUGGGAUUGACAACAUCUUGAACAUAGUUAUCCGAAAGCCCAAAGAAGAGAAGCUGUUUGAGUCCAGUGAAGACGCGAUUCGUUAUAUGCAAGAUCAACUCAAAGAAAAAGCUGAGAAACCACAAUCUGCAUACUAUGCUGUGAUAGACGUGGAGAUUGUAAAGCCAAUGGUAGAAGUUUCAUGGGGACCCAUGCUUGCGGGGCUUAGUGUCCCACUAGACAAGAGUGACGACGAGGUUGUGACUUCACCAUGCCUGGAAGGGUUCAGGCAUGCAAUACAUAUCACUUCAGUGAUGCGCAUGCAAAUACAGCGGGAUGCUUUUGUGACUUCUCUUGCAAAGUUUACAUCGCUACAUUCUCCUGUGGAUAUCAAGCAGAAACACGUGAAUGCUAUCAAGGUUUUGCUCAAUAUUGCAGAUGAAUAUGGAAAUUAUUUGCAGGACGCAUGGGAGCAUGUACUUACAUGCGUUUCACGAUUUGAUCAGCUUUAUCUCAUCGGCGAAGGUGCUCUUCCCGAUGCUACUUUUUUUUCAAACGAUCCAGAAAAGACUAAGCUAUCAACUGCUCCAAAAAGAAAAGGAAGAUUGCAUUUUGCUGCUCUAGCUGCACGCCGUGGAUCAUACGACAGUACUGGUGGCAGGCAGAGCCCAAUACCUGGUGCAGUCACAGCAGAGCAAAUGAGUAAUCUCGUUUCAAAUCUCGGUUUGCUUGGUCAAAUUGAUUCGAACGAAGCUAACAAAAUUUUUACUCGAAGUCAAGCCUUAAGUAGUGAAGGAAUUGUGGACUUUGUAAAAGCAUUGUGCAAAGUGUCCAUGGAUGAACUGCGAUCUCCUACUGAUCCACGAGUGUUCAGUCUCACCAAAAUUGUGGAAAUCUCGCACUUCAAUAUGAAUCGGAUCAGGCUGGUUUGGAGCAGGAUGUGGAAUACGUUGUCUGACUAUUUUGUUACUGUUGGGUGUUCAAGCAAUUUCUCAGUUGCUAUGUAUGCCAUGGACUCUCUGCGGCAGUUGGCAAUGAAAUUCAUGGAUCGUGAAGAGCUUGCAAAUUACAACUUCCAAAAUCAGUUUAUGCGGCCUUUUGUCAUCAUCAUGCAGAGAAGUGCCUCUGUUGAAAUACGAGAAUUUAUCAUCCGUUGUGUCUCUCAAAUGGUGUGCACUCGAGUUGGCAACGUGAAAUCUGGCUGGAAAAUUACGUUUAUGGUCUUUACUACUGCCGCAACAGAUAGAGAUAGCGGCAUUGUCCAUCUUGCAUUUGAAACGGUGGAGAAAGUUGUCAGAGAUUACUUUCAACACAUUACUGAAACCGAGAACACAAUAUUCACGGACUGUGUGAAUUGCCUUCUUGCGUUCAUAAACAACAAGUUUAAUGACGAUAUCAGCCUCAAUGCUCUCGCAUUUCUGCGUUUUUGCGCCUUAAAGCUUGGUGAAGGAGAGCUCAGUACUUGUCGCAACAGCCCUGAAAAAGUUCAAAAUACUGAAAGUGGCCCUGAGCAAGAUGAUCAUCUCUUCUUCUGGUUUCCUCUGCUUGCAGGAUUGGCGGAGUUAACAUACGACUCACGGACAGCGAUUCGUAAGAGUGCCGUGCACGUCUUAUUUGACGUCUUACAGUGCCAUGGACAUGUGUUCUCAACAAGUUCUUGGGAACAGAUAUACAACACUGUCUUAUUCCCUCUCUUUGAUUCAGCAAGGCGAUCGAUCAAGCUUCAGAACGUGGAUAGUGAAAAAGACAUGGACGCCUGGCUUUAUGAAACGUGUAGUCUGGCCUUGCAGCCACUGGUUGAGCUCUACGUGAAGUUUUUCCCAGUUGUUCGUCCAUUUAUGCGUAAGGUACUAUCUUUGAUGAAGGACUUCCUCAAAAUACACCAUGAAAAAAUCGUUGGAAUUACCAUUGCCUCUUUCGUCCGGCUCAUCGUCAAGGGAGGGCCUCAGUUCUCCAAAGUUGACUGGGUGGACAUAUUACAAGGCUUACAAUCAGUGGCCGAGGAGACGUUUCCAAACGUAAUGCAGAUAGUAACUUUUAUGGAGGGUGCUUCAACUGAAGAAGGGUUUACAUCUGAUGAAGAUAGCAAGUUGCAGUGUUUUCUGGCCGAGCUGAAGUUCCACUCAACAGUUCAGCUCCUCCUUGUACAGGCAAGCUUGGAGAUCUAUGACGCUUUUGGGCCGAAGAUGGCAUCGCCUCACGUGACACUGCUUCUUGGAAUCUUAAACGUGAUAGUGGUGCACGCUCACAAAGUUAACAACGAUCUCUUUCUACGCAACAAGAUCUACAAGCUUCAGUUAUCGUCCCAGAUGGGCGAUCCACCUUUACUGUGGCUGGAGAGCGAGUCUUCGCAGACCUAUAUGGAAAUACUCCAGAGACUUCACGAGGACAACCCGGUGCUGCUGAAGAACGUGGACGUCGAGGCCCGUUUUGUGGAAUUUUGCAAGGAGGUCUUGCAAGUUUACGCUAAAACGUCCACUUUCACUCACCAGCCUCAGCGCCUCAAGCCACAGUGGAUGAUCCCUGUGAGCUACACGAGAAGGAGGGAGCUUACCGCUCGAGCCCCACUCGUCAUCAUGACUCUUAGAGCUCUUAGCCGGUUUCGCAACACCCCAUUUCAGAAGUAUCUCAGUAGUUUUUUUCCAGUGCUGACGAGCUUGGUGGGUUGUGAACAUGGCUCCAUGGAAGUUCAAUUUGCACUGAGCGAUCUCUUUAGUGAGUGCUUUGGCCCGCUUCUAUUAAACUACUAG